AUGGGUGUCCGAAUUGUCCAAAUAUGCGGCCUCUGGUUCUGGGUCGCUUUCACAUUCUUCUUUUUCGUUGUCAUCCACCAAUCUCGAACUCUCUUCAACCUCACAACCUCGCUACAACAAGCCACAGUUCCCUCAAAUCACUCCCCAAUCCCCAUAGGCCUCACAACGCGGCAACGAAUGGCACGUUCCCAAUCCGCAUGGCGCUCAAGCGUCGCCCUCCGUCACCAAAUGGCAGCUGCCCACCCGUCCAACCCAAACAUCCCUUUCUUCCCAGCUCAACAAAUGUCCGACUUCGGCAAAUACCCUUACACGCUCUGGGACUUCUUCCCCUCGACCUACACCUGUCCCCAUGACUUACAGCGAGUAGGCCGGUUAGGAGAUGGCGGGAAAUGGGUCUGCGGGAUGUCUCUCUACGAAGCUAAACCCGGCCUCGCUGUCUCUCAUCCAUCGUACUCCUCCGACUCUCGAAUCCGGGCCCCAACAAUUAUCUACAGUUUCGGGGUCAACGAUGAAAGUACCUUCGAAGCAGAGAUGUUGGCCCGGAUACCGAGCGCUCAUGUGUACGCAUUCGACUUCUCGGUCUCGAGAUUCGGGCCCCAGAUCUCUCCGUCGUAUUCUGCUCGUGCUCAUUUCAGUAAAGUGGGUUUAGGGGCGAAGGAUGAGUAUACGCGCUCGCCUCAGUUCUUCGCGUUGCAGACGUUGAUGAAGGAGAAUAAGCAUGAUUAUAUUGAUAUACUGAAGAUCGAUAUUGAGGGAGCGGAGUAUGAGAGUCUUGAUUCUUUCAUGGAUUUCUGUGAGAAGGAGGGAGGAGGUGUGAUGCCUGUUGGACAGAUUAUGAUUGAGUUACACUUAGUGGAUGAUAAGAAUGUGGGAUUUGAGAGAUUUAUGAGGUGGUGGGAAAGGGCGGAGAAUCUGGGAAUGCGUCCAGUUCUGCUGGAAGUGAACUUGUUAGCGGUGACUUUGGGAGAGGGAAAGACUGAUCCGAGAUGUGUUGAAUAUGUUUGGGUGAAUGCGAGAGAUGAGCGGAGCGUUCUUCUGCAGGAGUAA